CCAUCACAAACAGAAUCUCACAUCCAAAGGUGGGCUUUUGGAUUGAAUACAGAUCAAAAGGUCGUCGCCAACGACCUAAAAACUCCAACACCGUUUGCUGAUUCCGUUGUCUCAGUGAAGCAAAAUCUCUACAUGCUAUACAUACACAAGAGACGGAUAUACAAGCGCUUAUAUAGAAAGAGAAAGUAGAGAGAGGAACAAAGAGGGGAAGGGAAUAGAUCAUGGUGUCGUACAUAAGCGCGUUGCUGUACGGAGUUGGCGGGAUAGUGGUGGCGGGGAUGGCAUUGCUCGUUGCUUUUCAGGAGAAGCUUGUCUAUGUCCCGGUGCUGCCUGGACUCACUAAAUCCUACCCUAUGACGCCAGCCCGCCUCCGUCUCCUUUAUGAAGACGUAUGGCUCACAUCCUCCGAUGGCGUCAGCCUCCAUGCCUGGUUUAUAAAGCUCUUCCCCGAUUGUCGAGGUCCAACUAUUCUCUUUUUCCAGGAAAAUGCAGGAAACAUUGCUCAUCGUCUUGAAAUGGUUCGCAUUAUGUUGCAGAGGCUACAGUGCAAUGUGUUUCUGCUUUCUUACAGAGGUUAUGGAGCUAGUGAAGGAUUGCCUUCACAACAUGGUAUCACAAAGGAUGCCCAGGCUGCAUUGGAUCAUCUUGUCCAGAGGACAGACAUUGACACAUCCAAAAUUGUAGUCUUUGGAAGGUCACUUGGGGGAGCUGUUGGGGCUGUUCUUACCAAGAACAAUCCAGACAAGGUUGCUGCUUUAAUAUUAGAAAAUACUUUCACAUCCAUACUGGACAUGGCUGGUGUCCUGUUACCCUUUCUGAAGUGGUUUAUUGGAAAAAGCAACACAAAGGGUCCCAGAGUCCUGAAUUUUCUAGUUCGGUCUCCAUGGAGCACCAUUGAUAUUAUCAGCGAGAUUAAACAGCCAAUCCUUUUCCUCUCUGGACUACAAGAUGAAAUGGUUCCCCCAUCGCACAUGGAGAUGUUAUAUGCUAAAGCAGCCACACACAAUCGGCAAUGCUUAUUUGUAGACUUCCCCACUGGCAUGCACAUGGAUACAUGGUUAGCUGGUGGAGAUCGUUAUUGGAGAACAAUUAAGGAGUUCAUUGAAAAUAGUGUCCCGAAUAAGAAAGAUGAGGACUCUUCUCGAGAGGUCUGGUAGUGAGCCUUUGGUUUUGCACCUGUGUCAGAUUUUGAGGCGAAGUGAAGCACUGUGGAGUUUCGCCACUUCAGUGUGUUAUAUUGGGCGUUCUCGGACUCAACAGUUGUGCCCUCUUUUGAAUUUUGCAGUGACUAAAAGCUUCUUGUGACUGCCCACCGGUGCAUCUGUUCGGAGCUUUUCUUCUGGGCAAACUUCCAGGAGACGAAAAGGUUUGAUGCUUUAGGCAUAUAUAGCUUGACCUGACAUACUGCAGUAGAUCUCAUCGGACCAAUGGUAUUGUAUGAAUAAUGAACAGGAAAGAAUCUCAAAUUUAAUUCUAGGAAUCCGAACUUCCAUUGCAAUAGUUCUUGUUCCCACUACUAACUUCACUC